AAUUUCUGGCUGCAAGUAUCUUUUUGGGAUACGGUGAUUCAGUUUCAGUCCGAGACCCGAACAGGUGAACAACGAAGAAUACAGUAAACCCAAGGAAGGAAGCCCAAGGGAGACUGGAAAGGGGAAAAUAAUAAUAUUUUUUUCAAAGAGCAAUAAAGGAGAAGAAACUCUAGCAGAGGGAGAGAGACCGAGAGAAGGAGACUGGUUGGUGGCCGCUGUUGAUCUUCAGCUUUCUCGCUCUCGUCCGCGUCAAGCAAGAUUUUGCGUGCAGAUAAGUUGUUUGUCGGGAAUGGUGGAUGCUUUGCUCGAUCAACAAUAGGUUGGAAUGGCGAGCGCUGGCGAGGAAGAUGCUGAUGCUGUUCUCAGCGAUGUGGAAGGGGAGGAUUCGGUCUCUAUAGGCCUUGAGUCUCCGUCUCAAGAAGAUAUAUCUCUGGAGAGAUUCAAGGAGAUUCUUGCAGAGCUUGAACGUGAGCGAAAAGCUAGGGAGGCUGCGGAGAGUGCCAAAUCCGAGCUUGAUGUGUCAUUUAAUCGCUUGAAGGUGCUUGCUCAUGAGGCGAUAAAGAAGCGUGAUGAGAGCGCGAGGCUGAGGAAUGAGGCAUUACGGGAAAAGGAAGAAGCUUUGAUUACAAAUGAAAAGUUAUCGGGGGAAUUAGCUGAGGCUCUGAGGCUGAAAGAUGAGCUUUCCAAACAGAAGGAAGAUAGUGCUGGGCAGCUUGAUGAGGCUGUGAAAGCAAAGGACUCUUCGCGAUUGGAAAUUGAAGCCACUGCCCAGAUGCUUGUGACUGGAAUCGAGAAGAUCUCUGGGAAGGUCAGUAACUUCAAGAAUUUCUCUGGUUCUGGGCUCCCUAGAUCUCAGAAGUACAACGGAUUACAAGCUGUUGCUUAUGGAAUUAUUAAGAGAACAAAUGAAAUUGUGGAAGAACUUUUAAGGCAGAUUGACAUGGCAACUAAGUCCAGAAAUGAAGCUCGUGAACAGAUGGAACAAAGAAAUUAUGAAAUAGCCAUUGAAGUUUCUCAGCUUGAAGCCAUGAUUAGUGGGUUGAGGGAGGAGGUGACAAAGAAAACAUCUGAAUAUGAGAAUCUGGAGAAGUCGGUUGCUGAUAAAGACGUAAAGAUAUCUGAGAUUGACAGACAGAUGUCAGAAAAGCUUGAUGUGUUGGAGAAGGAGGCAGCGGGGUUAAGGGAGUUGGUUAAUGAUUACGAUCAGAAAUUGAGGAAUUUAGAAUUGAAAAUGGAUUCACAUAGGCCCUUACUGGUUCAGCAGUUGAAUUAUAUAUCAAAAAUACAUGACCAAGUAUAUCAUGUUAUUGGGAUGUUUGAUGUUAAUAAAUCAAAUCAGUCAGACUUUUCAGAGUCAUUGUUCCUUCCACAAGGUAUGGACAUGGAUGAGAACCUACGUGCUUCUGUGGCUGGGCUGGAAUCUAUCUAUUCACUAGUCAAAAUUGCUGCACAGAAGGUAAGGGAUGCAGUGGAAGAGAGGACCCAUAAAGUAAAAGGUCUAAAUGAGACUGUUGCUCAAUUGGUGAAGGAUAAACAACAGAUUGGGUCCCUACUUAGAAGUGCUUUGUCAAGAAGGAUGUCAUCAGAUCUUUCAUCCAAAACAAGUGAGGCCCUGCAAGAUGCUGAAAAUUGUCUAAGUGAGGUAGGGAUAGACUUAAGAUUCAAUGACCAGGGGCAUGGUGGCAAUGUGGUUUAUAAUGAUGGAUCAGGCACUGUGGAAAUAGAGAAGGAUGAAAUCUUUACUCUGGCUAGUGCUCUGGAGAAGAGCGUCAAGGAAUAUCAGCUUGAGAUCAUUGAGCUUCAACAUUCUGUGGGAGAACUUAGGGCAGAGCUGAGUAUACUUAGAGCACAUUUGGAGGCUCAAGGCAAGGAACUCAGUCAAAGAAAGCAUCGGAUAGAGGAACUUGAAGGGAAGGAAAGAGUGGCCAAUGAAAAUGUUGAAGGGCUUAUGAUGGACAUAGCAGCUGCUGAAGAAGAGAUUGCAAGAUGGAAAGUAGCAGCAGAGCAAGAAGCUGCUGCAGGCAGAGCCAUAGAACAAGAGUAUCUGGUGCAGUUGUCAGCCCUUAGGCAGGAACUGGAAGAGGCGAAGCAAGUCAUGAUGGAAGCAGAGAAAAAGCUCAGAUUCAAAGAAGAAACGGCCGAAGCAGCCAUGGCUGCAAGAGAUGCGGCCGAGAAGUCUUUGAGGCUGGCAGACUCAAGGGCUUCAAGAUUGAGGGAUAGGGUUGAGGAUCUUUCCCGUCAACUUGAGGAGUCGGAUACUCGGGAAGAUUCAAGGAACAGGAACAGGCCGAGGUACAUAUGCUGGCCCUGGCAAUGGCUUGGGCUGAACUUUGUAGGAUCUCAAGUGUCUGAGACACAGCAGCAGAAUUCAAAUGAAAUGGAGCUUUCAGAACCUUUAUUAUAAGCGGAAAAUUUCCUGUGUAAUUUCAUGUAAUCUUACAAAAUGAAAAUAGGAAGUCAAAAGAUUUCCCUUCCA